AUGUCAAAUAAAAAACAAAAGAAACGAGAAAAGAAAAUUUCUCGUAAAUCAAUUCAUUACAUUCAACUUCGAACACAUCGACAAUGGCCCAAUCAACUGAAUUAUAUGUCUCAUUUAGAAGUAUAUCAUUCGAAAAUCAAAUCGAUUACAUAUGAUAUUGAUCGUCUUUUAAAUAGCAAAUGGAUUUAUAUUCGACAACCACAAGUGAUUAAUCAAUUCAAUGAAAUUUAUCAACAAGAAAUUAAAAAUUAUUUUUUACAUAGAAUAAAUUUAUUUGAUUAUAAAUAUUCUUGUUUAAAUAAUCAAUUUGAUGAAAAUAAUAAAUUCAUACGAGAAAUUUUUAUUCGUUCAAUUGAAAUAACUGAUUAUCUAUUAUAUUUAUAUCAACAAAUAGAAAAUAGUGAACGUCAUAUUUAUGAAUAUCGUUUAAAUAUAUUAAAAUAUGAAUUCGAACAAGAACGAGAAUCUUUAAGACAUUUAUUUAUUGAUCAACACUUUUAUGAACUUGAUAAUCAAAUAAAUAUUUUAAAUGUUAUUGAACAAGAAGAUACUCUCAAACAAUAUAUUCAAUUUAAAUUUGAAAAACAACAAUUAAAAGAAAAAUUUGUGAAAGAUAUCACUAUGUUACAUGUUAAUUUUAAAACACAAAUUGCUUUUUUAAGAUUAACUAUAAACAGAGUUAGUAUCAAUGGAAUACUUCCGUUUCUUCGAGAUUAUCUCAAGACCUAA